AUGUUGAAAAUCGUCAUCACCAUUAUCUUCAUAAUCUUAUCAUCAUCAACACCAUCAUCUUCAUCAUCCUAUUUUAACAUUCCCAAAAUCUUGUUGCUGUCUCACGAUUUCAAAUUAGCUUCUCAUGAAUUUCUUUCCGCUAACAUUACCGAUAUCAACUCCAAAACUGAAUUAACUGUUUUUGUCCCGGAGGAUCACGCUUUUGAGGAUGCUUCCAGGUACAAAACCCUUCCGAUCGAGAACAAGUACUUCGUGCUCCAAUGCCAUAUGGUAAGUGAUUAUCUAUCUCCUUCCCUCCUUCUCCAAACUGCAAAAGUGUGGCACUUGGAAGCCACGAUGGGAACUGCAAUCAUGGGGGAUAAAAAAUAUAUGAUGAAUAUCACUCUCCAAGGUAACGGCUCCAUUGAAGUCAGCAACCAGUUCGUCCGAGGUUUAGUAACUCGGACGAUAUAUGACCACUCUCCAAUUGCGAUGUAUGGCAUCACUAAAGUGUUGCUUCCUCGAGACCUUCCUGAUAUUGCUCCUCCGCCACAGAAGACAGCUGAUGGCUCUUCCGCCGCUGUUUGCGGCUUUCAGUUUUUUCCUAUUUUACUUUUUUAUUUCCUUGUACUUUGUAUUUAG